GAGAGCAUGUGGUAAUAUGUGAGCAGUUGAUGACUGCAGCAGCAGCAGCAGUUCGAUGUUUCACCGCAAAGAGGACAAAUCAGGAUUCUGUUUGUUUGAGACCGAAACAAGGACCAAAGGCAGACGGACUGACUGGAGGAUAAUGAAAGUGUGUGUCUGAGGCUGGAAUAAGAAGAUACACACUUUGCAGACACUUGCAUUUUUUUGGAUCCAACAAAUUGAGCGCUGCAUUGGACCCGGGUCAGUGUGUUAAACAUGGGGGACCAGAAAUCAAUUCAGCCCUUCCUGCUCCUGCUGCUGAUGCUCCUCAACAGGCUGUCUCAGCUGUGGGCAUUUCCCUUCAGCCCAUCGCUGGACCUGGACGUCACUCCCAGGACGACUAUUUUCCACAAAGGAAUGCUGAGCAGCAAUGGCUUCACAGGCUCAUCCCAGAACUACAGUACCCUGCUGCUAGAGGAGGAGACUGGGCGUCUCUAUGUGGGAGGCAGAGGAGCUUUAUAUGCGCUGAACACCCCCAACAUCUCCACAUCUGCAAACCUCACUAUUGAUUGGAAUGCCAGCCCCGAACAGAAGAAGCAGUGUUUAAAUAAAGGCAGAAACAAUCAGACAGAAUGUUACAACCACAUCCGCUUCCUGCAGCGAUUCAAUGAAACUCACCUGUAUGUCUGUGGAACAAAUGCCUUCAGACCUCUCUGUGCUUACAUAGAUACAGAAAGGUUUAACUUCUCGUCUGGUUUUGAGGAGGGAAGAGACAGAUGUCCAUAUGACCCAGCAAAGGGAUUCACUGGCCUCCUUAUUGAUGGUGAGAUGUUCACAGCCUCCCAGUAUGAGUUUCGGAGCUCACCAGACAUCCGCAGGAAUUUCCCCUUCCCCACUCUCAGGACAGAGGAGGCUCCAACCCGCUGGCUUCUGGAGGCAGACUUCGUGGGCUCUGUGCUGCUGAAGGAGAGCAUCAACAGCUCCAUAGGCGACGAUGACAAGAUCUACUUCUUCUUCACGGAGAGAAGCCAGGAGCAGAUCGCUUAUCCCAGUCAGACCAAGGUGUCUCGGGUCGCUCGAGUCUGCAAGAAUGACUGGGGUGGCCAGAGGACUCUGCAGCGGAAGUGGACCACCUUCCUUAAGGCCAGAAUGGUGUGUUCAGUCCCAGAGUAUGAGCUUCACCUCAAUAUCCUGCGUGAUGUGUUUGUCCUGCCGGGGAGAGACGUGCAAAGCAGCAUCUUUUAUGGCGUUUUUGGCUUGGAAUGGAAGAAUAUCAAAGCAUCCGCCAUCUGCCAAUACACUUUCUCAGAUGUGCGCAGAGUGUUUGAAGGACCAUACAUGGAGGUGCAGGAUUCGAAGUGGAGGGAAUAUACAGGAAAGGUUCCGGAGCCAAGACCUGGUUCAUGUAUAACAGACGUACACAGGUCCCAGGGCAUAAACUCCUCUCGAGACCUCCCAGACAGCGUGCUCACAUUCGCCAGGAGGCACCCGCUGAUGGCUAAGCAGGUUCACCCAGUAGACCUGCGGCCACUUAUGUUCAAGAGGAGCGUCAACUACGUCAAGAUCGCCGUGCACAAGGAGCCGGCGCUGGAUGAAAACCUUUACACUGUCUUGUUUCUGGGAACAGAUGAUGGGUGGUUGCACAGAGCUGUGGAAGUCGAUGGACAGAUGCAUAUCAUAGAGGAGCUGCAGAUAUUUGCCAAACCACAGCCAAUAGAGAGCAUGGUGAUAUCUGCAGUACAGAGAAGCAUCUACAUCAGCUCCCACUCUGGCGUGAUCCAGGUACCAAUGUCCACCUGUACAAGAUACACUUCCUGUUAUGACUGCGUAUUUGCCAGAGACCCAUUCUGCGGCUGGGAUGGGAGAGUGUGCGUGGAAAUAUCGUCACGUUCACAGAGGUCAAACUUAACGCAGGACAUCUCUAGAGGAACCAGAGGCUGUAAAGAGAAUCCAGGAAAUGUGAUCCAUCGGAGACGGGCUGUGAUGUCGGGGGACGAUGUGUUGCUCCAGUGUGAGCUUCACUCCAACCUGGCAACUCCACGCUGGACGCUAAAUGGCAAGGAGCUCCAGGGAUACGGGUUGAACACAGGUUACCGCGUUGGGACGGACGGGCUCCUUAUAAUAGGUGCUCGCACCCAGCAAGGUGGCUCGUAUCGCUGCUUUGCAGUGGAGAAUGGAGUCUCAGUGCUGGUUUAUCUUUACACAGUGAAGGUUCACACAGAUCCAUACUUCCCAGUGGAGCCCACCGACUCCACAGAACCCACUACUGUCUCCAGCCCGGUGGUUUUCUCCACCGCCAGCCCCACUGAGCAGCCUCUGCCCUCACCACCAGCACCGCUGCCGCCAGGAGCCAAUUUCCAGACCUACAGACACAUGGAGGCCAUCUACAUAUCUUUGGUGGCGGUUCUGGGAGGGCUUUGCUUAGUGCUAACUGUGGUGCUACUUUACGUAAGCUUCUGCACCAGACGGGCAAGUCGGAGUCGGAAGUUCUCCCAUCAGAACCUCCAUGUUCUUGGGGCCUCGGAUAGAAAGAGGAGCUCCCACCUGGAGCUCAAAACCAUCUCCAGCCACUGCAACGGACGCCAGGGUCGGCGCUCCAUCUCGGUGCCGACCUUCGGGGACUUUAACGACAGCUUCCUGCAGAUAAUUCCCUGCGACGACCAGAUGUCUCCGGCCAAAACGCCGCCGCCAGCUCCCCCUCUUCCCAAUCCGCCUCCGCUUCCGAACAUGGACUACGCCAAUGGGCUGUCGGCCACGCUGCCCAGCGUGCUGAGGAAGAUGAACGGAAAUAGCUACGUGCUGCUGAGGCAGGCCGACCCCGAGGGCAUGUCACCGCUCUAUCACUCAUUCACGGAGGAGCUCAAUCGGAUCCUGGAGCAGAGGAAACACACACAGCUGGACAUGCAUCCCGAUGAGAGCUCCAUCUAGGAUGCUCCGGUCAAUAUUUUUGUCCAACUUAUUUAUUUUUAAUCCAACGGAGAUGUUCGGUUGUGGGAAAAGCUGAAAUUUAGCCAUUGCUCUCCAGGGUGUAGGACUUGUUGCAGCUUGAUUCAAACAUGAAAACUCCUGCAUCUGGAGGGCUUCCAUGAGUUCUCUUUAUGAUGGACCAAAAGAACCAGAGUGACUGAAACAAGCUUAGCAGCUGUGAAGAAUUUGCACUAAAAUAAAGCAAAUAGGAGCGGGACAAUGUCACCUCAUUAAACUCUGUGGAGGUUUAGGGACGAUGGGAGUUGCAUUGCAAUGAAUCACUGGACUUUUUUUUUUAAACAUUUGAGGUUUUUGAGAAGUUUAAACAUUGUGCAUUAUUUAUUAUGAGUAGCACAAAGAGAUAUUCUUCUUCGUAUGGAUGUUUAGAAAAAUAAUGUCUUUGCUAGAAUUAAUAAGUUUGAAUCCUGAGAACUGAGACCGUUGUACAAUAUGUUUUUGUUGUUUUUUCUGUCUCGGCUGCCUGGAUGGCAGGAAGUGAGGUUGUUUGUAAAAGUAGAGGUUUCAAUUUUCCUGAUUUGGGAUAACAGUAUUUCUUUUUGGCUGAAAUUUGGUAAAAGAUGUUUUUGAAACUCAUUUGUUACAGUACAACCACAAACAAUUAUCUUUGUUAUUUACCAACACAAUAGCUAGAACCUACACAAUAUAGACUGAAGUCAUUGUGAAUUAGAAGGAAAAUGACAGGUUUUCCAUCCAAAGUGUUUUAGAAAUACAAUCUGAGAAGUGUGCCGUACAUUUGUAUUCAGUUCUUAUGAGUCAAUACUACAUUUCAUAUAGCUACAGUUGCAAUUCUUUAGAGGUCUGCCUCUACCAGGUUUGCAUAUCUAGAGAUUGAAACUACUGACUAUUCUUCUUUCCAGCUGAAAAGUGAACCUUUGCUCCUGUGUCAAGUGUUUUGCAGCCUUUAACAUGUUUUCUUCUCUUGCCCUGUAUUUAGCUCCAUCCGAUCUUCCCAUUUAAAGUCUGAAAAUGCCUCUUUCUCCCUGCUAAAUAAAAGCAUUCCUACAGUAUGAUGCUGCCACCACAAUACCGGGCCAAAAAGAUCAGUUUUGUCUGAACUUUGAUGCAAGAGCACUGGAUUCUAGCAGUAUCAGAGUAAAGAGGAGGGAAUACAUUUGCUAACUAUCCUUACAGAGACUCUGGUUUCCACACUUCUGCCACACUUGACACAGAUCACAACCGUUUCUACUUCACCCCAUAGUGAACAGCACACACAAAUUACUUUAAAUGAUUGUCCCUGGUUGGUUAAACUCAUCGGCCUUGUGUGCCUCCACUGAUCACUGUUGCAUCAGUCCUGCUUUUACUAACCUUUUCUCUUCUCUCUGGACUUUCUUUUCAUGUACACCCUACAUAAAAACUGCUAAAAAAAAUCCCUCUUUAUUUCUUAAAAACUAUAUUUUGUUCAGAUAUCGUCACUAAUAUGUUUCUUUCAGACUUUAGAACUUCCACAUUUUGUUAAGCUGCAAUAAUUUACCACCGAAAAAGUAUUUGAAGCAAAAACGGUACAUAUUUUUCAAAACCACCGUUAUUUUAGAAAUAUGCAAUUGAAUUCAAAUUACAGGUGGAAAGCAUAAAAGCUUUUGCGGAGCGCUAAAGUUUAAGUGAUUGUCUUCCAGUAUAUUUCCUGCUGUAGAUGUCAGUUCACACUACUUCUUAGUUAUUGUUAGGAAGAAUUGAACCUUUGUUUUCCCACUCUGAAUGGAGGAAGAAAGGAAGCUUGGAGUCAAAGACGAAUCUGUGACACAACCACAAUGGACAGUACGUUUUUGUGAAAUUAGCAUUUUGCUUGAAGUAUCACUUGAGAAACUUUGUAUGAAACAUAUAUUUCUGUGUGUUCAUUUAAUCACUAUUUUGUUUUUUCUCUUGUUUAAAUACUUGCUUCCUUUUACAGGCUCAAUAUAUUGUGUCUGUAAAAACAGCUGCAGCUGGGCUAUUGCUUGUUUCUGCUUUCUGCUAUUUAUGUGGGGGAAAAAAAUACUACAUUUAAGAAAAUGUGCCGUGUGUGACAAGAGGAGUCAGAAUUCAGCUGGAUUAACUGAUUUAUCUAAAUACUGCAGACGGACUUUGUGGCUUUUAAAAAGCACAGCGCACCCUGAAGAAAAAUAGAUAAAACACCGUAAAUAAGUUUCUUAUACAUGACUAUGACUCCUCCCACAUUUAAACUGCAGGCAACUUUUGCCUCCAUUUCUCUGCACAUUUACAUACCAGCAUUCAUAAAUAGACAGAGCAUAAUAUUCACAAGGCAGCAGGUGAAAUCUCACAAUUACAUAUAUACACAAAGAGCAUCGUCAGCUGAGAAAUAAUUUUACAUGUUAAUUUUGAUAAUUUAUAUUUAAUUAUAAUUUAGUUACUAUUUUUUUUCUUUUUGUCUUGUUCUGUUUAUCACUAUUGUAAUCAUUUCUACAAUUACCUCCACCCCUUUAAUUUUUGUCCUCCAUGUCUCUGACAUCUUUGUCUUUUAGGUAAAAUGUAAUGAUAUCACAGAAGAAAACAGUUAUUUGGCUGUUUCAGAAUUAAAGAAUGUCUGUUUUAUCCUGAAAUCAGUACAAAUAGAGUAUUAGCACGUAAGUUUGUCCUCUGCGGUAAAAAGAGAGAGAAAAAAUCUGCAGGUGGCAAAUUUUAGACUGGACAUGCAAUGUGAUGCCAAAAAAACAACCAAAAGCUGCAGAGCUCAUAGUAUUUCCAUGGCAAGGUGAGCAUCCCUGUGAUUAAAUAGAGACUGUAUAAUAUAUGAUGACUGAAAUGAAUCUGUGAGCACUUUGUAAACAUGUCACGGUCGUUUGUGAACAAAUGUCUGUCUUCCCAGAAAGGUGUCGAGUCAGCUCUUGUAGCUCAGCAGCAGCAGGCCUCUCUCGUGGCUUGCAGUGCAUAAGUCAGAGCAGCUCAGCGUGGCUCACCUUCACAAAGAGAGGGCAGGAGCAUUUAGGCUUCCUGUGUUCCUGCCAUCUCUGCAGGCUGAUGCAGCCUUGCAGGGUACAAGACCAUUUGGUCUUUGCGCACAGAUUUUAUUUCCUUUGCUUGUCAAUUCAAGCCUCUCUCAGUUGCUUUGUACAACAUUGGAGCAUUUCUUAACGUUAUCUACAAAAUCUGAGUAAAUUCGUUGAGCAAUUCUUUACAGUGAUCUAAAUAUAGCAAAACUGUGUAAUUUGAAUUCUAAAAAUUUGUAUCUCACUAAUUGAUGGUCCGCUGUACAAACAUGUUCUUCAUGUUCUUUUAAAGUUUGAGCACAUAAAAUUCUAAAAAAUGUACUAUUAUUGAACUGUAUUGAAUGUAGAAGUUAGUUUGGACUGGGUACAGUUAUGCUAUGUUUGAUUUGCCACAGAAAUCAGAUCUGGAAAUGAGGUCUCAACCCAGUUUGGCUUGAACCAGCUGCAAGUCAGGAAACUAUUUGGGAUAGCUACUUGUCGAAUUGCUAAUUAUUAUAACCAAUACAAACCAACGACAACAUAUUAUUUUCCCUUUUGUACAAACAUUUAAGGAACAUGGUCAGAUGUAAGAAUUGCAAAAUACAGUAUUUACCACUGACUUAGUGAGAUAUAAACCACCAGAAGUACAAAUUAAGGGUUUCAUCCUGGUUUUCACAGUACAUCUUUUGUUUUUCACAGCCAACCCUAAAUUCAUUUCAGAUUUUGACUUUCAACAAAAGCAUUUUAUUGUUCCAAUUUAAAACUUGGACAACCUGACCAUCAGAAAAUCCCACUGCUCAACCAACUUCUAACUGAUUCACAUUGUACAGAGUCUCAUGAAUCAAUCAUACUGGGAAUGUCAUCAUAUCAGUGUUGAGUGCGUUUGAUUUGCAGACUGGAAAACCAGUGGGUUUAUUUAUUUAUUUAUUUUUUUGGUUCAGACACUCAAAAGAUUGCACAGUACAUUGCUUGUUAUCAGUUUAUCAAGAUGCAAACAGAUGCUGCACAUGUGAGACUAGUGGGAGUUGGAAGUAUAAACUGUUUAUUUUUAUUUCUGACGGUUUGCAUCCCAUUAAACCAACAGCACACACAGCACUGUAAAAUGUCCAUUUGUAAACAAGUUUCCUUGUGAUUUGAAUCGCUAAGUACUGAGGGGCUAAGUAUGCUUCAGUGUACUUAACGCCUCAGCAUUUAGCAAAUCCUGCUGGUUUUUUACUGAGUAACAAAUAAAAUGCGCUCAAGUCAACUGUGACAUCUGAUUCCCACGUAAAAUCAAACAGUAUAUCAGUAUAUACUAUUUUUAAUAAUACUUAAAAAAGAAGUUGCAAAAAUGUUGUUUUUUCCCUUUCUUUGCCUUUAGGAUGCUUUUGAUUCUGCAGAAAAAACCCUUUUCCAGAGCAGAUGUAUUUCAUGCUUUAAUCCUUGUUUUCUGUCAAGACACUUCUUAAAAAAAAAAAACUUUUACUCUUAUUAAAUCACUGCUGCACCUGCAAUUUCAUCAUCCCAUUACUGCCACAUAAAACUUUUAUCCAUCAGUCCCUCCAUUCGCUCUCUCAAGGACCCUGUUGAGUUUAUGAAUGAUUGCUAAUCAAUUUGAGCCAGAUUUCCAAGAACACUCAUGUUUGUGUUUUUGCAGAUGCAGGAAAGAGGUAACGCGUUUCUAUGUUCAUGCUUAGCACAUAAUUAAGGAUAUUUUUAUAUUCUAUAAUCUAUAAUGCUAUAUAUUUAUAGGGUACAGUUUUAUUUAAAUCAAAGUUGUAAAAAGUUGUAUUUUGUAGCACAUGUAAAGUGAUACAACGCUGCUUCCUCUGGUGUUAGAUAAACAGUAAAUUAUUGUGCUCAGUUUUUCUUAUGUACAACUCAUGCAUGUCCAUACUGAAUCUUAAGCAUCUGCUGCUUUGUUUUGUUUAUUUGAAGUUUGAGUGAAGAAGUCAAUACGUACAUUUUUUGGUCACUGGAUUUUCUGUUUAAAGAGCAAAAUAUUAAAUUGAAAUACACCGAGGUUUUCAUUAACAUUUAACAUUUUU